AUGGAAGAUCAUACAUUCGCCAUGUCUAAGUCCCAAGCAAGCUCAGUGACGUCGAAUGGCACGAAGAGAAAAAGAGGAUCCGAAAUCAAAUUCUACGCCGUACGCAUAGGACACACGCCUGGAGUGUACUCUUCUUGGGCGGAUUGCCUCCAACAAGUCAAGGGCUACCCAAAGGCUACGUUCAAAUCGUUUCCGACCCUUACUGAUGCAGAACGGUUUGUUGCUGGAGAAGAACCUUUUCAAGCCACUUCAACGCCCAAGUUCUAUGCCGUCAAAAAUGGAAGAACUCCCGGGAUAUACACGGACUGGCAAUCUGUUCAGGAGCAAAUCAAGGGGUGGACUAAACCUAAGCAUCGUUGUUUCGGGACUAAAUCAGAAGCCCAGAAAUUUCUAGACGAACCCACCAUGAAGAUCGAGCAAUCCCUCGUGUCUCUAGACGGCAGGAGUACCUUCAUUACAUCAAAUGAUACCGAAGAGCGACCAAAUGCUAAGACUAUGCCUAUCGUGGUCAAGAAAACGAAGACGCCUACGAAUGGCAGCGCUAAGAAACCCUCAACUCUUCAAAAGUAUUGUGAGAGCGAUUACCAGGCUGGCUAUGGUCCUUUACCUUCAGGAGCUACCGAUGGCUUUGAUCCGAGAAUAAAGCUGGAUCCUGUGACUGGGACUAUCGUGUAUAAAAGUGAAGAAGAACGACAAGCCACAAAGGCAGUUCCUGGUAGCUCAAGCCAAAUUGGACCAAUUAGAAUACAUACGGAUGGCAGCUCGAUUGGCAAUGGUACAGCUGGCGCAUUCGCUGGCAUAGGCGUCUACUUUGGACGAGGCGACAAGAGAAACAUCUCGGAGGCAUUGCAAGGACCUAAGCAGACCAAUCAGCGAGCAGAGCUUACAGCUGUUCAGCGAGCGCUCGAACUUGUUCCUAGGAAUCGAGACAUUGUAAUUAUCACAGAUUCGAAAUACUCUAUUGAUUGUUUGACGAAUUGGUUCCAAACUUGGAGAAGAAAUGGCUGGAAGAACGCAGCGGGAAAAGCAGUUGAGAAUAAGGAUCUCAUCGAAAACAUUCUUUGCAAGAUCGAGGAGAGGGAUCGUUUGAGGGUCUUGACAAAUUUUGAAUGGGUCAAGGGGCAUGCCAGCGAAGCUGGAAACAUACAAGUAGACAAGCUCGCUAACGAGGGCGCAAGGAAAGGGAAUGCGGGUUCAUAA